AUGUCAGCCAGAAAGGGCUAUCUGCUCCCUUCGCCAAAUUAUUCCACAACAAUGUCAUGCUCCGAGAGCCCGGCUGCAAACUCUUUUUUGGUAGACUCCCUGAUCAGCUCGGGCAGAGGGGAAGCGGCGGGAGCAGGAGGCGGAGGCGGAGGCGGAGGCGGCUACUAUCCCAACAGUGGUAUCUACCUGCCACAGGCGUCCGAUCUGUCCUACGGGCUGCAAAGCUGCGGACUUUUCCCCGUUCUGGGCAAACGCAAUGAAGGUACUUCUCAAAGCAUGGUCCCCAGCUCGCACUCCUACGUGUCAGGGAUGGAAGUGUGGCUAGAUCCCCCCCGGUCCUGUCGCAUGGAAGAGCCGGACAGCCAGCAGGCCACAUCGUGCUCCUUCGCUCCGAGCAUUAAGGAGGAGAGCUCCUACUGCCUCUAUGACUCAGAGAAAUGCCCCAAGGGCUCGGCCGCCACAGACCUCGCUCCUUUCCCCCGGCUGAAUGCCGAGGUCAGCCCAGCCAGCAGCGGCGGCGGGGUCCCCGUCCCGGGCUACUUCCGCCUCUCCCAGGCUUAUGGCACUUCCAAGAACUACGGCGCGGGGCCAGCCGGGGCUGCCCCUUUCCCUCCGCAGCCCCCCGGCCGCUUCCAGACGCCUCCAUCUUUGCCUCCCGUCCCGGACGCGGGGAGGAAGGAGGAUGAGGAACGCUCCCCAAGCCCCUUGGCGUGCGUCUCCCAGAGGGAGGACGAGACUCAAGCUUCAUCUUCCACCGCAGAGGAGCUCUCCCCAGCUCCGUCAGAGAGCAGCAAAGCUUCUCCCGAGAAAGAGCCUGUAGGCAAUUCAAAAGGAGAAAAUGCAGCAAACUGGCUCACGGCAAAAAGUGGCAGAAAGAAACGAUGCCCCUAUACCAAGCAUCAAACUCUCGAGCUGGAAAAGGAGUUUCUAUUCAAUAUGUACCUGACUCGUGAGCGUCGCCUAGAGAUCAGCCGCACAGUCCACCUCACAGACAGACAAGUUAAAAUCUGGUUUCAGAACCGCAGAAUGAAACUGAAGAAAAUGAACAGAGAGAAUAGGAUUCGGGAGCUCACAGCCAACUUUAAUUUCUCUUGAUGAACCCAUAAACACAUCUUUAUGGUUUAAAGAGCCAGUAUCAUUUUCCUAGGCUGUAUUCAUCCGCACCUGUAUGGAUUAACGAUUUUAGGCGCUCUCAAUAUGUCUUUAGCCUCUUAAGAGCUACUUUGGGGGGUGGGCGGACUAAAGUCACGCUAAAGCACAAAAUGCCGUGUGUGAACCUCCCCUCUUCCUUCAGCCUUUCCCGGGGCCAAUUUGUUCCUCUAAGCUUUGAUACAGAAAAAUACCAUUUCAGAAGCUGCAAAUAUGUUUCCCCCUAUCUCUCUCUCUGAAAAGUAAACAAUCCUGGUUAAAGGUGCAUUCUUUUAAAAUAUAAGUGCUGUAACUUGGACCGUACGUAGCUGCACAAUGAAGAACUUAAGCGUUGCCAUAUUUCUAUAUACUGGGAGCUUUCCCCUUCUCUGUUUGUCUUUUUUUC